UAAUCUUUUCAAAAAUUAUAAGUUCUAAAAUGUGGUUGACAAACAAAAUAAAGUUUAAAUUUUUUGCCAAAAUAAUUAAUAACAAAAAACAACGCAUUUGUUUUACAUUAAAAUAAACAAAGACCAAUCGAGUUGUCGUCUUCACUCGGAAAUUUAGGGAUUUUGUCUUCGCUGAGCAAUCUGGGUUUCGGCUUCAAGCUUUUCAACUCAAGGGUCUAUACUACUCUUCAACUUUCAGACAUUUCAAUGGACUCUGUGUUUGCAGAAUGAGAUAUUGAUUACAUUGAGUUUUCUCUCAUCUCUGAGAUUUAGCUGAGAAUGGAGUGUAACAAGGAAGAGGCCACUAGGGCGAAGAAAAUGGCAGAGGAUUCGAUGCGCAAAGGUGAUUACCCCAAGGCUCAUAACCUUGUAACGAAGGCUCAGAAUCUCUUCUCGGGUCUUGACGGUUUACCACAAAUGUUAGCAGUCUGUGAUGUUCAUUGCUCCGCCGAGAAGAAACUCAACGGUCUUGAGAACUGGUAUGGUAUUCUUCAAGCUAUGCAUUUUUGUGAUGAUGCUACGAUCAAGAAGCAGUACAGGAAGCUCGCCUUGCUUCUCCAUCCUGACAAAAACCAGUUCCCCGGUGCAGAGGCUGCUUUCAAGUUGAUUGGGGAAGCUAGCAGAUUGCUUUCCGACAAGGAGAAACGGACUCAGUAUGAUAUUAGGCACAGAAUCUAUUCCCGGGUUGUUAGCAGACAGGUGGAUGCAAACUCAGGUCUACAAUGUGGAAGUGCAAAUAGAAACGUGGGGUCUACUGGUACUCAACAAGGAAGUGUAGCAACUGAGGUGGAUAAGAAAGUACCUUCCAACAAGAAUGGUGGAGGAGGUGAGAACCAAAAUGCUGAAGUGAGAAAACCCAAAUUAGAGGAAGAACCGAUGAAGAAUUGUGGUGCUGAGGGAAAGAUGAACAAUUCAGCUGAGUUGAAGCCGCAACCUGCGGUUGCAGAACCAGAACAAAGUGCAUCAAAACCUGUACAUGAUGAGUCAGUUUCAAGGUCUAGUCAAGCACCCUCAGUGAGCAAGGACAAAAGGAAGAGGGGAAAGAUAGUUGAGGAACCGUUGGAGAGUACCAAUGUUACCUUCUCUGAUGUUUUGGAGGAUAAAUCAAAUCCAAAAGAUAAUAUUAGGAGGAAAUCUCCACGGAGAAGUCAGCAAGCUUCUUGCCGAGAGAAGGGAAGAAGUGGUGAUGCUAUAAGCCCUGCCACAAAAAGGUCAAGAUCAUGUGACAAAACUAGCAAGGCACAUGAAGCACGUGGAGAAGGGAUGGAUUCACCUGAUCAAGACUUCAAUGAUUUUGAGCUGACAAUAGGCUGUUUUGCUGUGAACCAGGUGUGGUCUCUGUAUGAUCCAACUGACGGUAUGCCUCGGUAUUAUGCUCGGAUUACAAAAGUGAUUGAUUCUGAUUCUGAGUUCAAGCUGGGUAUUACAUGGCUUGACUCCUUACAAGAUUAUAAUGACAACUCCAUCCCCAUUGCUUGUGGAAUCUUCCAAGAGAGUGAGUCACAGGAAGUAGACGACUAUUUUAUAUUUUCUUGUGAGAUGCUUCACAUGCGUCGUGACAACAACAUCGCCAUUUACCCAAGAGCAGGGGAAGUCUGGGCAGUUUUCAGAGGCUGGGAUGUGAGUUGGAGUGGUGGUAGCUCGGAGAGUCGCAAAGGAACUUAUGAAUAUGACUUUGUUGAAGUUUUGUGUGAGUUUGAAGAUGAGAACGGCCUUGGAGUGGCUUACCUAGGGAAAGUGGAAGGGUUUGUUUCUCUAUUUCGCCGAGAUGCAAAGUGUGGGGUUCUCCAGUUUCAGAUUCCAGCAAACGAGAUGCUUAGAUUCUCUCAUAAGGUCCCAUCGUUCAAAAUGACUGGAAGGGAGAGUGAAGGUGUUCCUCCCGGGUGCUUUGAGUUAGACAUUGCUGCUUUGCCAAAAGAUAUGUUCGAGGUUGCUAAUCAGGAAAUGGAAUCAGUGAAGAAGGUUAAGAAGAGUGUCAAAGCGGUGGAUGGCUUGAAACUGAGAAAAUCUCCUCGUCUUGUGAGUGAAACAAACAAACAAGCAGCGUCAAGGGUAGGCCAAGAAAAGGCUGAGAAGAAGAGUGCUAAGAGGGGUGCAUCCUGUGGACAGCCAAAUGGAUCUCGUUUAUCUGAUGAGACCAAAGAAACCUGCAAAAGUCACUGCGGCUGAUUCUUCAAGGAUCAGAAAAACACAUGGGGGUAUAAACAAACCAACGGGAAACUCAAAGAAACGUAGGUGAAAUGGUGAGUCAUUGUCUCAGUCUAGAGGUAGGUUGAAUGGUAGUACAGAUUCCUUCUAGAGCGAUUGGGUUUGAAAAUAGUGAAUGACAUAAGUCUCUUUCUUUUGUUAAUGCCAUGAGUCUCUUUUUUUGUUUUGCUAAUUCUCACAUCUCUGUGUAGUUGGGGGCAAUAAACUUGUGGAAUGUGAUGUGGAGUUAGAAUUUAACAAUUAGUGUUUAGGAAGAUCAAACUUUGCUGAAGCAAAUAUUAUCAGAAGGUUAUGCA